AGCCAUGACAAUUGUUGAUAAUCAACUGGAGUUAUUUUUUUCCUUUAGAGUAAAAUAAUUCCAAGCUAAGCCCUUUCCCCCAGGGGGGCUCUUGGACCAUACCACAACGAACAUAAUAUACCGACUUGCAUGAAGGGCUAAUGGAAAACCCAAGGGAUAUGGCUGAGCACACUCCCCGCUCAGAGCGGAAGAGGAGAGAUUCGUUCGGGAUGUUUGACGGGUAUGACAGCUGCAGUGAAGACAGCAGUAGCAGCUCCAGCUCAGAGGACAGUGAGGAUGAAGUCCCCAGCAUCCCCGCCAGCCUGCCAAUCAUCAAGAACAAUGGCCAAGUGUACACCUAUCCUGAUGGAAAAGCAGGAAUGGCAACCUGUGAGAUGUGUGGUAUGGUUGGUGUACGAGAUGCUUUCUACUCUAAAACAAAGAGAUUCUGCAGUGUAUCCUGCUCUAGAAGCUAUUCCUCCAAUUCUAAAAAGGCCAGUAUACUGGCAAGACUUCAGGGUAAACCACCUACGAAAAAGGCAAAAGUCUUACAGAAACAGCCAUUAAUGGCAAAGUUGGCAGCUUACGCACAGUAUCAAGCAAAUCAACAGAACCAAGCUAAAUCAAAAUCAGUGGUACCUGUUGAAGGUUUUGACUGGGGCCAGUACAUUUGUAGCAAUAAUCUUGUUGGGGCACCAGUCAGCUGUUUCAAACAUGUGCCCAUGGGUAUGUGCUGGGGUGACAUAGCAGAGGGGAUGAGGGUGGAGGUCAUCAAUUCUGACACAAACCUCUCCACAAAAGUUUACUGGGUAGCAGGGAUUGUCAAACUGGCAGGUUUUAAAGCUCUUCUGCACUAUGAGGGUUUUGAUAACGACUCAAGCAAAGACUUCUGGUGUAAUCUGUGUAUCCCAGAAAUCCACCCUGUUGGAUGGUGUGCCACUAGUGGAAAGCCACUGGUGCCUCCGAAAUCCAUCCACCAUAAGUAUUCUAACUGGAAAGCGUUUCUUGUGAAACGACUCACUGGAGCCAAAACACUUCCACCAGAUUUCGCCACAAAGGUUCAGGAAAACAUGCAGUACCCGUUUAAGAAACUGAUGCGUGUGGAAGUUGUGGAUAAGACCCACCUGUGCCGAACCCGCGUGGCCCUGGUGGAACAGGUGAUCGGCGGACGUUUGCGCCUGGUGUAUGAGGAGAGCCAGGACGGCACCGAUGACUUCUGGUGUCACAUGUACAGCCCACUCAUCCACUCCAUUGGCUGGUCACGUAGCAUUGGACACCGUUUCAAAAGAUCUGAGGUGACAAAGAAAAUGGAGGGUCAGAUGGAUGCUCCGUCACAGUUGUUUCUUGAGGUUAAGGAUGUGGAUCAGAGUGGGGAAUGGUUUAAAGAUGGAAUGAAGUUGGAAGCAAUAGACCCUCUAAAUCUCUCUGCUAUAUGUGUUGCUACUGUAAGAAAGGUGUUGGCAGACGGGUACCUAAUGAUCGGGAUUGAUGGUUCUGAGGCUGCUGAUGGGUCAGACUGGUUCUGCUACCACUCAACCUCUCCCUCCAUCUUCCCAGUCGGCUUCUGUGAAAUCAACAACAUUGAGCUCACACCCCCAAGAGGGUACACCAAACUCCCUUUCAAAUGGUUUGACUACCUCAAAGAAAUGGGUUCAAUUGCAGCCCCUGUGAAGCUCUUUAACAAAGAAGUACCGAAUCACGGCUUCCGUAUAGGUAUGAAGGUUGAGGCAGUGGACCUGAUGGAGCCACGUCUGGUGUGUGUCGCCACAGUGACCAGGAUCGUCCACAGACUCCUGCGCAUUCAUUUUGAUGGCUGGGAGGAUGAGUAUGAUCAGUGGGUGGACUGUGAGUCUCCAGAUCUCUACCCCGUAGGCUGGUGCCAACUGACUGGCUAUCAGCUGCAGCCGCCUGCCACACAGACCACAAGAGAAGCACCACCAAAUGUCUCCAAACAGAAAAAGAAGACUGCACAGUAUAAAGGACAAAAGAAAAAGAGGAAGAUUCCAGUUGGGAGGAGGCCGAUCGGUUUGGGUGGGCCUCUGAGGAGGAGGAGCUUCUCGGGCGAUGAAGAGCAGACUCUGCCCCAUUACCUGUCCCACUUCUCUGGGUCCGGGCGACCUCCCACCUCAGGUGUAAAGCAUGAUCGCUCUCUCAACUCAGAGGCCUCGCUGCAGUUGAAAGAAGAGACUCCUGAGAUGGACGAGUUCACCUUCUCGCAGGGCAUCUCAGACCAGGAGAGCAACGGCUCAGGCAGUUACUACAUCAGACAGGAGCCCUGAGCAGCAUCAGCCAUCACGGAGCCUCACCUCACUGCCAACAGCACUGGAAAAAUCCCACUCGGAGCGAUGCACACGAGGCCUGGGAGAAGACACAGUGACUUCCCCCUCACACCAGGUCUCUCUCUUUUCAUUUUAUUGUUCCUUUUCAGGUUUGAAAAGCUUGAAGAAUGGACUUCUCAGUCAUUGAUCCGAGAGAGAAGGGUGUGUAUAAGAGGGGAUUUUGUUUGAAAUGGGGAUACUGUUUUUUGUCCUGACUUUUCGCCCGAUGGACUUUUUCUCCUCAGUGUUCAUUGUACUUGAAGUUUUCUUCGCUUUUUCUGUCUUUAUUUCCCCAUUUGGUGAGGGAAAAAAACCCCCAACUUUUUGGGGGGGUAAGAUUUCAGUACCUUGUGUGUUUCUUGCGCUGUUUAAUUUGUUUUGGAUGGGUGUGCAUUUGGUAAGAGUAGUAGAAAUCUAUAUUAAGACAGUAUAUUCAUACAUGUAUGAUAUUCAUAUUAAACACACACAUAUAUAAAUAUUUAAACGUAUAAAUAUAGUAGUGGAAUGAGGGAUGAUGGUAUUGAAAUCAAACCUUACUGGUAUGAAGAGUAGACUAAUGGAAAACACUCACAAUUUGCACUACAGGGAUACAAAUAUAUGUAUUGGCCUGUAAAAUGAUAGUAAAACCUGCAGCUUCAUUGUAUAAUGUGAUUAGCAAACAUAAUUAUAGAAGUGGGAUGUGCUCAAGUCACAGUGAAUAUUGUGAUAUGCAAAAAAAAAUAUAUAUUGUUUGACAUUUUACACCAAUGUUUAUGCGUUUGAUUUCGUUCUAAAGAGCCAUUUUUAUACGGGCGGUCAAAGUAUUUUGUGAGCCGGAAUAAAACGUAAGCAAUCACUGCUACCUGAACACUACCUUCCUGUCAUCUUUGAUGUUGACCGCACAGCAGAGGAUUGUUCUGGUAAACUUUCUAGUAGUAUUGCGAGUCUCUGAACAAUACAGCGCCAGCUUGUUUGUUUACAAGCCUCCUUGUUCGUGCAUCAGCGAGGAAUCCCAUCCCAUGCAUUUUCCUUUACUCGCAGCAUUCAUUCCAGAAUAAAACCAUUUUUACUACCUCUAAAAGAAAACAUGAUUUUAAAAUACACAGGUUGAGGAUUCAUGUGGUUCCUCAGCCUCGCUAAGGUUGCAAUAGGUAGUUUUCAUGCUCCAUUUGAAAGGGCAUAUUCAUUAUAUUUUAUGCAUAUGGAAAUAUCCACACUUGGACACAUGGCUUAUUUCACUUUAAAAGUCUACACAUCAUUUAUAUUUGUAUCAUAGCAUGUUAUCGACAGAGUUCUUGAAAUGGAAAAGAAUGUUAUGCAAUAAUAAUGUCUGUUGUUUUAUGAUGUCUUACUCUGAAAACAAAAAUCAUACAGCUCAUACGUAUAUAGACUUA